GGUUCAUCUUAGAGCUAUUGUCAACUUCUUGACUAGAUUUUGGGUCUCUAUUUCAGAUUUCGCCAUUAACAUCCUAAAAUAACAUAAAAGGGGUGAACUUCGCUUAAACUACUAGAAGAUCUUCGCCGAGUCUCUCCCACUUUUCAACAACACCAAAACAUACUCACCAUUCGAAAGGGCUCUCUUUUCAUUACGAAAGUUUCGUUCCAGUCGUAGAAGAGUUGACCUAGGGACUACAGAAUGGGGAGCGAAGACAAAAUUCCAGUCUGGCUGGACUGUGAUCCAGGGCAUGAUGUAUGACGCGUUCGCCAUCCUCAUGUCCGCCUACCACCCCUCACUCAACCUCCUAGGAAUAACCACCGUCCACGGAAACUCAUCCCUCCCACACACAACCCACAAUGCCCUCUCCCUCCUAACAGCUAUCGGUGCGCCCUCCAUCCCCGUCUACCCUGGCUCCGCAAAUGGCCUCACCCGUCCCGCUGUGCACGCCCCAGCAAUCCACGGCGCAUCUGGUCUAGACGGGACCACUCUCCUUCCCACCCCAAUCAAUACCCACGCCACGGAGCCAUUCAUCGAAGCCAUGUCCACGGCUCUCCUCUCCACGCCCAAAGGCACAGCUUGGUUAAUAGCCACAGGGGCACUAACCAACAUCGCCUUGUUAUUCGAGCAACAUCCAGAAGUAGCGGAGCAUAUCAAAGGACUAAGUCUCAUGGGCGGCGCGAUAGGAGGUGGGUUCACCAAUGCACCGAUGGGGAAAGUGGACGAUAGAGAAAGGAUUGGGAAUUGGAGCGCGUGGGCUGAGUUCAAUAUCCUCGUUGACCCUGAAGCCGCACAGGCAUUGUUCUCGAAUCCGGUGUUGAGGACUAAGAUGGUUAUGAUUCCGUUAGAUGUUACGCAUCUCGUGCUUGCUACGGGAGAGGUGCAGAGUUUGUUGUUGCAUGGGAAAGGAGGCGGUGCCGCCAGUGUUUUGGAGGACGGGAAAGUAGGCGAGGGGAAGAGUACAUUGAGGAAGAUGCUGGUUGAGCUUUUGCUUUUCUUUGCUAAGACGUAUAAGGAUGUGUUUGGGAUUGAAGAGGGCCCGCCGUUGCAUGAUCCUCUUGCAGUAGCUGUUAUUUUGGAUGGAAUUGCGGGAGCUGAGAUUCCGUUCUAUGACUUUGAAGAUGGCAAGGACAGGAAGGAGAGGUAUGAUGUCCAUGUUGUCACUGAAGGAAGUCAUGAGGAGGCACAGAAUGGUGCAGAGACAGGGAGGACGAUUGUGAAGCUGCUGCCAGAAGGCGAGGAAGGGGUCAAAAUUCCUAGAAACCUGGAUGUCAAGCGAUUUUGGGGCGUUCUGGAAGACAGUUUAGAGAGGGCAAAUGCGGUCAAUAGAGCCAACGGGGUUUCAUGAAAAAAAUAUAUCGCGAGACCAUUUUCGAGAAUCAUAGCAUCAU